UGGUGGCGAGGAGUGUUGGUAGUGCAAUCUUUUAUGUGAUGAUAUUCUUUUCACACUAAGAUAUCUAAGGAUACAUAUUAAUUCUCGACUUUUCGAGAGCUCUUAAGUUAGAAAUGCAAUGGCUCACAAGACAUACAUUAACUUUUGAUGUCCCGAAAAUGCAGAUAAAAGUGAUAUUAGAAGAUAUUGAUAACUUUAAGUGACUCAAGAGAAAAUCCAGUAAUAAUGUUUGAUAAACUUGCCUUUACAUUAAUUGUAUUGUCGCUUACAUCGAACAUCUACGCUGAGGUCAGCAAAUUGGAAUCAUUACGUCGCUGCGAUGAUAAAUUCCCGUCAGCCAGCACCUCGUGUGAUGAUCAACAUCGACCAGUGCCCACCCAAAGCGCCUUGUUCCUCCGGCGGGAGCGCGCCGUCCUCCCCUGGGGCGCCGUCUGGUGCGGCUACAGCCUCCGGCCCUGGACGCCUGGAGCCUCCGCUGUGGCGCUGGACAGCCUCAAGCUGCUGGAGUGCAAACUUUCCCUCCUGCCAGCGUGUGUGAAGUACAGCGUUGAAGUGGCGUUCUUCAUGGGAGAUGGGAGACUACAGAACAAUUAUUCAAAGCCAAGAACUGGAAAUGUCACUUCCUUAUCGGGAGUCGAGAAGCUACGUGCGGUGUCCGUGGAGUUUAGCGCUGUGUCGGUGCAGUGGCUGCCGCCAGAGCUGCCGUGUGAACGUGUCGAAUACAACAUCUCCUACGCUGCCCAUCCUUUCAACUCAACCAUUGACGCAGUAAAAACAUCCAUUACAACAACACAAUUGAAUUACAACAUCAGCACAUCACCCAGAACUACUUACACAAUAUGCGUCAUUGCUGUUUCUGAUGAUUACGCCAGUCAAGAGAACUGCAUCGAGCAAACCACACCUGAAAUCGCUCUGAAGGCUCCCGAGAAUCUGACCCUGGUGUCAGCUAUGGCCACCUCGCUGACAGUCAGCUGGAUGCCUCCAUCUAAGCAAGCUCAUUACGUCAGCAAAUACGAAGUUUCCAGCUUUGUCUGCAGCGCAAGUCAUAACGCGACCAAUAACUCCGUGAAAAUAUCAGACACUAACGCCAGCAACGACGCUAUAAUAAGCAGCAGCGCGAAUAAUGAGUCACAAAUUUCCCCUACUAAUCACGCCAGCAAUAACGCUGAAACCAACAACACUGAAAGCAUCAACACCAGAAAAAAUGUCAGCUUCAGAGAAAGUUCGGAGGAACAGUUCGUCAUCGUCUACAAAACAAAAUCAAAUUUCACGUCUGAGGCGCUGAGCGUUAAUUUGACGGGGCUUUCGCCAGGGACAAAAUACUGCAUCACCGUACGGGGUGUUACGUCUUCUUCAAAAAAAGGCGCGGAAGCCGUUAAAGUUUUCCAAACCGACGAAGAAAACAUUUUAAGUGAAGACAAUCAUAUUAUUGCGAUUAUUUGCGGCUGUGGCGCGGUGGCUCUCAUCGUUAUCAUCGCUAUCUUUGUGAAGAAAAAAAGACGUCCAAAAAAACCGGAGCAGCGCGAGGAGAUGUACUUUCAACAACUCAUGACGAAAUGCGGGCCGCAGAAAUUAGGAAAAAUAAUGGAGAAAGAGCUUCUCAGGAAUGAAUUUGCAGAACUCCAGAAAAACUCGCCAAGAAAAUCUACGGAGGUUGCCUGCAGCCCUGAAAACAAGGCCAAAAACAGACGCGGCUUAAGUAAACCUUUCGACGAAACCCGAGUUACGUUAACGGAUGGCGUGGCGCUGCACGACUCCGACUACAUCAACGCCAGCUUCAUUCCUAACAUCAGGUCUCCGAACCUGACGUUCAUCGCGGCACAGAGCCCCACUGAGAGAACCACCGUCGCCUUCUGGCAGAUGAUCUGGCAGCAGAGCGUCAACCAGAUAAUCAUGAUCACUGAAUGUUAUGACGGACAUAAGGAAUUAUGUGCUCCCUACUUUCCUACUUCAUAUAAUCCCGAAAUGCGAUAUCCCCCCUUCACUAUACGACUUGUUCAAGAGGAACAACGAGUGGAGCAAGUGUGGGUGGAGAGAAGCUUGGCCAUCACAUACGAAUCAUCCACAAGACUGCUGAAGCAUUUCCAGUUCAUCAACUGGCCCCCGAACCGCAGACAGGUUUUGGGGCGUCCUGGAGAAAUGCUUGUGCUGCAAUACGAGGGACAGACUCUCCUGCAGCCCAACGGACAGUUCAUGCCAGCCAGUGGACAUAUUAUAUCGCAGUCUGAAGGACAAUGUACGUCGUCUGUUGGACGGAAGAGUCAGGUUUUCAACGAUCAACAGCUGCCGUCUGUUGAGGAAUUCUGUUGCUUUUUGCACGCUGUGAGAAAAGAUGUCAACACAGAUCGCAACACCACAGUUGUACACUGCGACACGGGCGCGGGUCGCACAGGCGUGUUCCUGGCCCUGUGGAGCGUCCAGUUGACGGCCGAACAUUACGCGUCGGAGAUCAACCUGGUCAAAAUAUUGAGGGAAAUUAGGGAGUGUCGGGCAGACAUGGUCCAGGACGAGGACCAGUUCAUCUUCUGGCACAAGUGCUGUCGCUUUUACCUCACGAGCGAUGGCGGUGACGAACUUAACUCCACAACACCAGCUUCACGAUGUUCCUAUGGAGCAGACACCGGAUACCAAAUGCAGCAGUUGUUAUGAUCUGAGAUGACGCGAUCAAGUUUUUUUCUUGAGGAACGAAAUAAUUAAUUUAUGGACAUCUCCAGCGUUUCAGUGUCGAUGAAAUAGGAACGUCCAUUUCCACAACAAUUUCUAGUUUGUUUAGUUUCUUCUGUAAUUUACUCGUUUCAAGCACAUGGAGCAUAUAUUGAUUUUCAUUAUUGGCGUUGGAUUUUCGCACUAAUGAUCAUGUUCUAAGCAUAGUAAUUUCUGAAGUGACCGACAAUUAACAGUGACCGGUAAUCGUGAUUAUGAUAUUUCAUAUUCUAAAUUAAUCUAUUAAAUAUAUGUAUUUCAAUGACUUUAGUGACCGGCAACUAUCUUCAACCAUUCUCUUUACUCCAAAGCAAUGAACAAUUUUCGAUUGUACAAUGUCCUUCAUUCAUUGCACAAUGCCAACUACUCCACUCGAUCACUAAAUUGUAAAUUCAGUGCAAAAUUUAGUGUAGCGAAAUAUAAAAAGAACAUCUUGGAAUGCGACACUCAAAUCAGAAUAAAUAUUCGAUAGAUGUAACAUAAACAACUGUAGAUGUGUUCAUAUGGUAUCAAUUUAUUUUAUUAUAUUUUCAGGUA